GAGCAAGUUCACCCGCGAUGCUCCAUUCGUUUCCCUCUGUCUGCGGGUGGUGCUGAACGUUUGCACGCACGCGGACCGGGCGGUGGGGGCUGGGGUACGGUGCGCGUGAGAGAACAGAAAGAGAGAACGGGACUCGACGAGCGCGAGUCGAGCCUGAAGCAAAUCUGUUUAUUUUCCAAGCGGAAAUUUCCACGUGUUUGGGACAGACACAAGAGGAAGUGAGAAGCAUGAGGUGGGGAAGCCUGAGUUUCUUCUCGUGAAAGAAGGAAAAAUGUAUAGGAAAUAGUCCUAUCAACGAACAGAGACCGGAUUUGUACGGUUUAAAGCUAUAUCAAGGAAAUAACUUACUUAUUUCAACCAAGACACAUCUGGAAAUAGUCGUUCCUCGGACGUUCUCUGCAAUAAUUAGAUUGAGAGGCUCCAGGUCAGUGGGUGUAGUGGAGUAGAGCCAUCCCAGGGAGGAGUGAGAUUCUGGGGAUGAGAAGUACCUCUUUCCUCCCUGUCUCCCCCAGAGAAUCAGGAGAACACUGGGACUCACUAACAGAGUGUGUUGGGUGUAUGUCUGGUGUUGUCCAGGUAACAUGGCUCUGGCUCAGACCCUGCCUGUGUCUGUGACUGACCACCCCAAGCCUCCCACCAGCCUCCAUAUCGUCACCCUCUCCCCUGUCGUCGGAGGGCCCUGUGGCACCUUUGUCCCCGGAGCCACCAUGGGCUCCGUCAGCAGCCUCAUCUCUGGCCGGACCCAUCAGGAGCAGCGACACUGCCGGGCUGCCAGAGAGUUCAGCACUAAGCCACGCCGUAACACCCCAACCACCAGUUGUUUCAGGCUCCAGGGUGAUAGCCACACCCUGCGCAGCGGGAGCUCCCUGGAACAACUACUGGUCAUCAAUAACCAGACCCAGCUCCAGCCCACCAAGCUUCAGCCGCCGCCACUGCCCACCAAGAAGCAGCCCCGGGAGGGUAACUCUGCUGGGGGUGUGGCUGGAGGUGGUGGUGGUAGUGGAGGGAAUGGGAACUAUGGGUUUGUGAGUGAGGAGGUAGUGACUGUAGGAGACCAGAAUGAUAACCAUGUGGUGACGGUGGGGAGUCCGUGUAGCGACUCGGAGGAGCAGAGGAAUAACCGAGGUCUCAACGGGAAUAUCGGCGGUCCGCCGCCCAAACUCAUCCCAGUGUCAGGAAAACUGGAGAAGAACAUGGAGAAGAUUCUGAUCCGUCCCACCGCGUUCAAACCGGUGGUCCCGAAGAACCGCCACUCAGUGCAGUACCUCUCCCCGAGACCAGGGGGCAACCUCUCUGAGAGCCAAGGCAGCCUCAACCUCCUCCUGCCCCUGUCUAUCAACGGGAAUAAUGAAAAUACAGUGGUCAAUAACGUGAAUACCGUGUUCAAUAACGUGGUCAAUGGCACGGGGAGCUACGGGAACGUUGUACCUCUGGUCGGCUCUUCCUCAGAUAGCAAGAGGAACUCAUACAGCAGAGGACGCAACGCUCGCAGCAGCCAUUCCUGCUCCAUGUCAGACUCUGGCCGUAACUCCUUGUCCAGCCUGCCCACCCACAGCAGCAACGCCUACAGCCUGGCCAAUAGCGAGGCCUCCGGGUCAGGUUCAGGGUCUGGGGGGUCCGGGGUGGGCCCGGAGCCUGGGAGAACCACAACCACAAACGGAGGGUUGGGGAUCAACGGAGGUCAUGCCCACUCUACCUCCCACGGUCACUCAAACUCGGACAGCGGGCGGUCGUCGUCCAGUAAGAGCACAGGGUCGCUGAGUGGGCGAGGCCAGCCCCUGUCGGACAGCGGGUCAUGUGGGCGCUCGCCCCCGACCCUGGAGGGUUAUGAGGGGGUGGUGAGGGAGCUGGAGGAGAAGUUGAGGGAGAGAGACCUGGAGCUGCAGCAACUCAGAGAGAACCUGGACGAGAACGAGGAUGCCAUCUGUCAGGUAUACGAGGAGAAGCAGCUUCGCUGUGAGAGAGAGCUGGAAGAGCUGAGACAGAGCUGUUCCUCUAAGAUGAAACAGGCUUCACAGAAGGCCCAGAGAGUACAACAGGCCUUACAGCUACAGGUGUUCCAACUGCAGCAGGAGAAGAAGAAGCUUCAGGAGGACUUCUCCUCUCUGCUGCAGGACAGGAAAGAGCUGGAGAGGAGGUGUGCCUCUAUACAGAGAGAGCAGACCCAGCUGGGACCACGCCUAGAAGAGACCAAGUGGGAGGUGUGUCAGAAAUCAGGUGAGAUCUCCCUUUUGAAACAGCAACUGAAGGAGAGCCAGUCAGAGCUGAGCCAGAAGGGCGGGGAGCUGGUGGUCCUGAAGUCCCAGUUGAGAGAGGUCAGGUCUGAUCUCCAGAACAGCCAGGCUACGACCCAGGAGGCUGGGUCGGCCCUACGAACACGCUCCCUGGAGUUGGAGGUCUGCGAGAAUGAGCUCCAGCGCAGGAAGAGCGAAGCCGAGCUGCUCCGCGAGAAAGUCGGAUGCUUGGAGGAAGAGUUGGCCCGCCUCCGAGAUGCCCUGGCCAAUCAGGGAGGAGGAUAUCUUCCUGGAGGCCAGGCACCAGCCACUAAGGGCCAAUGUAUGAGCCUGCCCCUCCCCCAGGGGCGUGGGGGUGUGGCGGGUGGAAGGGGGGGCCUCAGCCCCUCUGUGGGGUACCGAGAGGCGGAGGAGGGGAGGCUGGGUUGGGGAGGGGAGAGUGAUGAGACCAAGGCUCAGAGGCAGAGUGCUGAAGCUGUGCUGGGACUCAGGCAACAGGUGGAGAGGCUGAGGGCAGAGCUGAUGUACGAGAGGAGGAGCAGUGAGGAGCAGCUGGGAGGAUUUCAGGAGGAGAGGAAGGUCUGGCAGGAGGAAAAGGAAAAGGUGAUCCGCUACCAGAAGCAGCUGCAGCAGAACUACAUCCAGAUGUACAGGAGGAACAGAGAUCUGGAAAGGGUGAUGAGAGAGCUCAGUCUAGAGCUGGAGAACAGAGAUGUAGAGGACUACGACGUCCACAGCGGCAGCAACGACAUCCACUUCGAGGAGAUCGCCGCUACUGAGAUCUAGAGGGACCAUGCAAGGGUGUCCUCUCGCCCCAGUGAGAUUUAGAGACCAGACAUGGGCGUUGUCUAACCCCAGUGAAAUUUAGAGACCAGACAGGGGUGUUGUCUAACCCCAGUGAGAUUUAGAGACCAGACAGGGGCGUUGUCUAACCCCAGUGAAAUUUAGAGACCAGAUAGGGGCGUUGUCUAACCCCAGUGUCCUCUCGCUCCCAUGACAAUUAGUACCAGCACCCUGAUUUGAUCUGAUUUCCCCAUCACUGCUACUGAGAAGUCUGCGUCCAAAAUGGAACCCUAUUCGCUAUGUAGUGCACUUAUUUUGGCUAGAGAACAGGUUACCAUUUUAAAUUUGCAUCCAGACUACAGAGGACUGUACUUACUGCACUUACCUGGACUUACUCCCCUAACCACAGUACCAGCACUCUUUACUUCUCUACACUCUUAGGAAAAUAUGUGCUAUCUAGAACCUAAACGGGUUCUUUGUCUGUUCCCAUAGGAGAACCCUUUGAAUAACUAGUUUUGGUUCCAGAUAGAACCCUUUUGGUUCCAGGCAGAACCUCAAACCAAAAAAGGUUCCCCCAUGGGGACAGCCGAAGUAUACUUUUGGAACCCUUUUUUCUAAGUGUGUAUGCUGUCAUGGACAUUAAGGGAGCAUCUCUGUCUAAGGGUUGAUUUACUCCACUAGACACUGGGAUGCACCCUCCUCUAGGCCCUCACAGGAACAGCUGACUACCUGCAGUCAGAAAGGACUCCAUCACUUCGCCAUUUGGACUUGAAAGAAGUUUAGGGUGUAUCGCAACAGUUUAAAGUGGUUUCCUUUCCAGAUUGAGAUUCACCCUUAGACCAACACAUCCUCCUUGCCUUCUCACAUGGGUUUGAUUGCCCAGCUAUAGUACCAGCACUCUAUGGGACGUAUACUAUGACUUUUGACUUGAGAAACAAGCAGGCAUCACUCAAACCUUGCUCAAAUCAGGGUAUUGAAAGCAAUGGGAGUCGCAGAAAAAGGGCACAGAUCUCAGAUCACUCAACUGAAAUCAUAUCUGUAUAUAGCACACAGGGGUGACUACCUGACGACCAGCACAUAAUGAUGACAUCACAAUAAAGAUGACAUCACCCCUCGACUGUGUUUACGUUUGUCCACAGAACUCAGAGCAAAUUUCCCACUUUUACAAUGUGUUCUCAUGUUAAAUAUACAGUAUUCAAUGGAUCAUCAACUCAUCUAGAAGUAGCAAUUUUAAGAUACAGCCUGGUCUUUUCUGAGUUACAGAAACACUGGAGUAUUUUAAUGGAAUGUAUAAGGAUUCUUGGCACAUAGCAAAUGCAACCAUUCAGUUAUCAACACCGGCUAAGACACAAACUAGGCUACACCAAGAGAAUACCUGGGAUCAUUUUGCACAAAAACUCAUAAUGCUCUAUUCAGUUCUGGAUGUGACUGUUCUGUCUUUCUCAUGUAGUUGACCCCUUUGUAUGGACACAGAAGAGAUAGAAGCAUGUAGCAAUAAGAGGGAGUGCAGCUUGGGAGAUCUUGCUCUCAUAUCAAAGGAAGAAACAAAUCUCUCUCUCUUUGGUGGCACUUUCCCUGAUGGUAUCACAGUGAAAGCAACAAAACAUCCAUGUCAAACUGUACUGUAGGCCUCCCUCCCUUGUCCUCUCUCACUGUCACACACUCUGGACUGUGAAUACACUUCUGAGUAUUACUAGACCCCCCCCCCCCCUCCCUCACUCAAAAAAGCCAAAUAACACUUCGUAGUCUUCCUGUCCCUGACUGUGAGACUCCCUCACUGACAUGUAGAUAAUGUGGAUGGCAUGAUUGCAUGUCUUUCCCUGUCUGUCAGAGUCAGUCCAGAUAAUGUAGGGGUUUGUUCUGGACAUUGCAUGAUAGAUUAGCCUAAGGCAUGACACUUCGGUCAUUAUGGAACUGUUACACUGGUUAUGUUAUUGCCUUGGGAGCUCCAAGGGGGGAUGGGACUGAAAUCUCUGGUUGACAUAUUGGCAGCCACUGGGAACCAUAGAAAUAUAAUUACUAUAAUGUAAUUCUAUGUCUAUGCUGGGAACCAUGAAUAAAUAAGGCAGUCUUCAAUUGUGCUUUCUCAUAAGAAUGGAUUCAACUAGAGGUGUGAUCUUUUGUAUUACAGAGUAAAACAAAGUAUAUAAAAAAGAUUCUUAACAGAUAAAUAAAAUCAAUAUGAUCUAUGAUGAUGAUGAUGUGUAUAUUUUUUAUAUAGCGCCUGAAGAUAUUUUGUGGUAACACCGGUACCAUUGUGGGUUUAAUAUACAAAGUAUAAUAAAGAUUUCUAUAUAUCUUUGCAGCACCACACAUUUCCCAAUGAGAUGAUCAAUCAGAAUUGGAAAAGGUCUAGAAAGAGUGGAGUGAUCUACUGCAUGCAUUAAAAAUCCUUUUUUACAUCAUAUUUUACAUACUCCAUUAUUUUUUGUUGACCAAGCUGCAUUUUGAUUAAACAUACUGUAAUAUAAACGCAACAUGCAAACAGACAAAAAUAUUAACACAACAUACAACAAUUUCAAAGAUUUUACUGAGUUACCGUUCAUAUAAGGAAAUCAGUCAAUUGAAAUAAAUUCAUUAGGCCUUAAUCUAUGGAUUUCACAUGGCUGGGCCCAGGUGCAGCCAUGGGUGGGCCUUGGAGGGCAUAGGCCCACCCACUGGGGAGCCAGGCCCAGACAAUUUUUUCACCACAGAAGAGCUUUAUUAAUGACAUAAAUACCCCCCCAGACAAUCUCACAGGUGAAGAAGCAGAAUGUGGAGGUCCUGGGCUGGCGUGGUUACACGUGGUCUGCGGUUCUGAGACCGGUUGGACGUACUGCCAAAUUCUCUAAAAUGACGUGGGAGGUGGCUUAUGGUAGACAAAAGAACCUUUCAUUAUCUGGCAACAGCUCUGGUGGACAUUCUUGCAGUCAGCUGCCAAUUGCACGCUCCCUCAAAACCUGAGACAUCUGUGGCAUUGUGUUGUGUGGCAAAACUGCACAUUUUAAAGUGGCCUUUUAUUGUCCCCAGCACAAGGUGCACCUGUGUAAUAAUCCUGUUUAAUCAGCUUCUUUUUAUGCCAUACCUGUAAAGUGGUUGGAUUAUUUUACAAAAGGAGAAAUGCUCACUAACAGGGAUGUAAACAAAUUUGAGAGAAAUAAGCUUUUUGUGCAUAUGGAAAAUAUGUGAUUUUUGGAGGGGGACCAACACUUUACAUGUUCCAUUUAUAUUUUUUGUUCAGUGUAUAUACAAAAAUUUGGGAGAUAUCCAGCUUUUAGCCAAGGUUUACAUUGGUCAGCACAUUAAUGGUCAUCAUUGUUGAAUGCGAUUGAGCUUUCAUUUGGCUGUCAUCAUCAUCAUUCAUGUCACAUAUCUUCAUCAUUUGUUGUGUUUGGCAUCUUCAGACUACAUGUAUUAACACAAAGCAUUUAAUCAAAAUAAUAUUUCAUAUGUGUUCAUCACAUAGAAACAGAUACCUCCAUCAUAUCCUCUGUAGCAUGGUUUUUAACACAUUAAAGUGGAAUAAGUAGCACAAGUGUAGUGAACCCCUUUUCACAUCUCUCACUGUUUUACAGAAUCCCAUAAUAGACAUUUACACAGAAAAUGGUCAACAACGAACGCCACUCUAGUCCUUUACGCAGACAAAAAAUAUAUUUCAAAUGUAGCCACUGCGUCUAGACCAAAGCAACGUUUGUUUAUUAGUCUUGUUUGUUUUCUUCCUUAGUGUGCAUAAAUAUACAAUUAUAUAUUUGUGUAUUUAUAGUGUUUUGUUUAUUAAUAUGUGGUGUUUGUUGUAAAUUUCUUUGACAAAAUGACUUUUUAUUAAAAGAUACACAAUGUC